AUGAUAUCGGAACCACAGAUGAGAAUACCCACUCGACUAAAAUUGAGCUUUGAGUUCUUUGGUGGAUUUCUCGCUUUGAACCUACUACAGAGCGAUGAUGCUAGCACUGACACCGACACUGUUAGUGGGGCCGUUGCACCGCGAGACCAAGCCGAGAGUGUGGCGGAGGCAAUUAUCCGACACCAGAAUCUGUGUCUUGUUGGGAAGAUCUCGGCUGUUGGACAGCUACUACAGCUAGCUACUAUCUUAGAUAAUACUGGCUUUUAUGCCAAUCUUGUUCAUUCCGACACUAUUAAGGAUGUUUGUGCGCAUUUUCCACGCCACCACUGGACCGGAUGCUUUGUGGCGACUAUCCGGCGGGAAAAUGCAUUGAAGCCGUGGGCGCAUACAACGGCGUUGGGUGAGGAAGAAUUCCCGGCUAAGGUUUUGGGGAAUAAGUUGAUGGAGCCGUAUGAAUGUGGUGUGGUUUGGGAUGGUGAUGGGCGGAAUGGGGCUGUGACCAGUCAUGCGAGAUGA